AUGUCUCCGCAAGGUAGACCCGUCCUAUGGACCGCCAAAUUGAUCGCUGUUUUGCUUGACCAUAUCGACAAGCGGAAAGGCGAUAUUGACUUCUAUGUGGCUGAUAAAAAUCGAGUAGUUGAGGAAUUGACACGAGUUAUCAAAGACGUGAAUCAAUAUACAGGCCUCGAGAUAACGGAAAAGCAAGUUCUAAGCAAGUGCACCAGAUUGGCUAGUCAAAUAGAGGACCCAGUCACAGGAUCUCGACUGGACGCUUUCUUCACCAAAGGCAGAGAUGCUUUCGAGGAUGACUAUCUUUAUGAACUGAACGAUAAAUUGCAAACAGAACAAGAGAAUGAAUUAGCAACGACAAAGAAAGAGGAGCCUACAACAAUCGACCUCACAACAGAGCCGAACGAGCAAUCGCCCGUACCUUUCAAUAACGGGCCUUAUGAAAGGUCGCAAGCAAUCGAGAGCUAUUUAGCAAGGAGCUCCUACUCCUUCGUUGAAGAUGACGACGCACUGCAAAAGCUCCAGUCAAACAUGCUAUCUGCGAUUGAAGACGCUGCGACGGGCGUCUUGCAUACGACAAUCUAUCCCAACGGUGUGCAGACAGUAGUCAGCGAUAUGAAUCGUUAUCCAAUACUUAACGAAGCACUGUCUGUCAGCGACUUCUCCAGCCUCUGUCAGAUCAUAUUUGGCGUUACAGCUGUUGAGAACAUAUCAUCAAUUAUUGUAGGCAACCGUGUGACCAAGGGACAGUUCCUCCGAGCAGUCAUCGCCGCCUUUGCGUGCGACCGCAUUCUGUUUCAAGGCACGUCCAUCGAACGCGAUCUCUUGCAACAGUUGAGGCAAGUCAAUCAGAUGUCUCAGAUAAAGGACGACCUAUUAGCAAAAGGUAAGUGGCCGACUUUCGUUCGCCAGAAGGUGCUGAUCAUGUCAGUGUGCCGUCCACUGUUUGACCAAAUACGGCGUGAAAGCAACCACAUCCUUUUGCACGAUCAGCUCCAGCCAGACAUUGAGGCAACGCGACUAGUCAAGGCUUUCACGGAAAGCACGGCGGUCUUUCUAGAUACCAAUAAGCUUCGGAAAUCCGACCAAGGAGAGAAGGAGUGGACAAGGGGUCUCCGAGCUGCAUUUGCUGCCGCGAUCAAGCUUAAAGCCUGUAUGCUCUUGAGAGACCUGGGCGAACAUGUUACGUUUCCUACUUCUGGCAAUGCUUUUAAUCCUCGCCAAAUGAGAACCAGUGAUCACUUACGUGGCUCUGAAGGCCGUCGAGUGAAGCUUGCAUUCUUUCCAACUGUGCGUCGACGGGACGGACAAAUUGUCCUAUACAGUCUUGUUGCUCUCCGCCCCAUGUAG